AUGAGCUUCAUGCCCAAGAACAACUGGAAAAUGAUCAAGGCGGCCCUUCAAAUGAAGAUAUUACCAUUGAAUAUGCAAACUGCCGAUCAUGCAGAAGUUCAGAUAAUGAACAUUUACUGCUACUCUGCGACGGAAACAUUGGUCAAAAUGCUGAUGGUUCUACGAUUCGCUGUAAUGUCGCCUAUCAUUGCUAUUGCUUACCGGAGAAACUGGAGCGAAUCCCGGAAAAUGACCGGAUUUUGUCCAUUCUGCGAAAAUAAACCAGAAAAUGCACAGCAUUUUGUAGGACAAACAAAUUUAAAUGUUUCACGUUCAGAAGAAGCUGGUAGUAGUAGUUCAAGACAAUUAAAGAAUGAGACUGAUGUAUCGAAAUGUCAUCUAAGCGGAUGUUUGGAGCAAGGUAAUACGAAAAUAGAAACUGGAUGCAGCAAAAUUAGAAAUUCCGAAUCAACGCUUAUUCAAGAUGCUUAUGGUGAUUCGGAUACGGAAAGUGAAUCAAGAGACUAUAGUAAUGAAAAGAGUGAAUUAUAUUCAACAAGUGAUGCAACUAGUGAUGAUUAUGAUGAUAGCAACGAAAUAACAGUCGAAAAUACUGGCGGCAAAAAUUCUUAUGAAUUACAAAUCAUUCUACCUAAUAUUUUACGUUUGCGUGCUAUACGGACAAAUUUUGAUGUAUUGGACGACGACGACGACGAUGACGAUGACAGUGAUGAUGGUGAGGAUGAUGAUGAUGAUGAUGAUGAUUGUAACGAAUCAGAUGAAACAGAUUCUGAGCAAAAAUUCCACCAAGCGAUAUUUCGCGAUAAUUACAGACGAAGAAGAGGAAUGAAGCGUAAUCAAGGAAUUACAUAUCGCCGAUAA